AUGCCAGACCACACCCGUCUCCCAACCUAUUUCAUCGGCCACGGCGGCGUCUCCAUCCUCUUCAAACCGGGCUACGGCCCCGUCCAAGACGAACUCCGCCAAAUCGGCCGGGAGAUUCACGGCCUCCGUCCCGAAGCCAUCGUUGUAGUCAGCGGACACCACCAAAGCGAAAACCUCGGGGUGGUAGAAAUCAACCUCAAGGAGCCCACGAAGGUCUGGCACGACCUCGGCCCCAGCUGGAAGAAUACUUACCCGCACGUCUUCGAGUACGAGUACCCACACCAAUCAUCGCGCGCGUUGGGUGAGCAGGUUUUGCAGCACCUGCAGGGUCAUGGGAUUCGUGCCGAGGGGGUGGAGCGGGAUUUGGAUCAUGGAAUUUGGGUCCCCUUCAAGCUCAUGUUCCCGGAAGGCAGUCCCGAGGAAUUGAUCAACGUGCCCAUUCUCCAAGUCUCCUCGUUUGCAGAGGAUGAUUACGCGGCGCAUGUAGAGUUAGGACGGGCAUUGGCGAGGCUCCCCGGUCGCAUCCUUAUCGUCGGCUCCGGGAUGCUAUGUCACAACCUCAGAGCCACCCGCGAGAGCACCGACCUGACUGUCGUCAAGGCGAUUGAGACAGCGGCACUGCAGAUUCUGGAAACAACUCCCCAGACGACACAAGGCUUGACAGAGGCAUUCCUGCAGUUGCCGAGGCGGCCAGAUUGGCCGCUCGCACAUCCGACGGUGGAGCAUGUCUUGCCGUUGUAUGUGACUUUGGGGGCGGCAGAGGAGAUUGAGUCUGCACAAGGGAAGGAGGGACUCGAGGAAGGAGACGUGGAAUCGUGGAAUCGUAAUCAGUAUAUUGUCGAGGAAAUCCGUGAACUCUUCGGAAAACACGUGGGACUGAUGAUGACAUGGAUGACUGGAUCUGGCCUGAUUUGGAAAAAUAUAUAUCAGCGAGAAGGUCCUUCUUCUUGGAACCAAAUUCGAGCCUUCCUGCUCCAUAUAUACAUGACCCCGGAGCGCAAUGCUUCCGUCUACCUACGAUAUGUCACUUGUGCGCAGCUGGUCAAAGACUCACACAACAGAAGCAAGCUAUUGCAUUCACUUGUACCAUUUUCCGACCAGUGAAUUUCAAAGAUAGGAUUGAUGGCUCCUUUUAUCCUCGCAUUAAUUCGACACGCAUCAAGUCUUCCACGAAAUAAUACUGCAUUCAGCAGAUCUAAUACCCAAAGCGGAGAAAAGGAAAAGAAGAUACAGAUUCACUACCACUCUGCCACCUCUCUAAGCCAAGAAGAGCUAAUUCGAAACUAACCGUUCAGCCCCAGCCAAAGCCUCGCAAGUCCGCCCCAAGGGGUUCUGCAUCAUCACAAUGAUCAGAAUGAUAGAGCAAAAAGGAAUUUCAUCGCAGUCCAGAAUAUC